AUGGAUUUGGAUCAUCAUGGUUGGUCAAACUCAAAAAUAUUUAUAGAUCAACAACAUGGAAUAGCAAAACUAGGUGUAGAAAAUUUUCAUAGAACAACAUUAUCAUCAACAAGAGGAAUGCUAUAUGACACGACCAUCAAUUCGUCGGACUUGCACGACACUUUUGGGCUAUUCUCUGUCUGCACAUCAAUGAUAGGCAUAGCUUCUAUUGCAGUUGCAUCUUUGCCCAAAUUACCACCUGGAAGAAGAGGUGGCCACUGCAUUGAAAAGAAUGUUGUUCCAAGAGGACUAGUGGCUGUUAAUAAUUCAAGAUCAUUUAAAUUUCCAAGAGGACUAGUGGCUGUUAAUAGUUCAAGAUCAUUUAGCUCUACGCAGUUUCCACUUGGCAGAAGAACUCGUUCUCACGAAGCAACGAUAAUAUGUGCUGCGCCUUUUAAUGCAAAAUGUGGUGCAGAGCAAACUCAGACUGUUACUCGAAAGGCUCCGACAAUUACCCAUUUUCCUGCUAAGGAGAAGUCCCCACAACUCGACGGUGGCAGAAGUGGAUUUCCACCAUGUAAUGGUGACGGCGGGGGAGGAGGUGGCGGCAACUGGUCUGGUGGAUUUUUCUUUUUUGGGUUCCUUGCUUUUCUUGGCUUCUUAAAUGACAAAGAAAGUGAAAGUGAAGAUGAUGGUUAUGCUUACAGUGAUAACCGGAGAAGGCGCCCGCGGCCGCGGUGAUAAAUUUGGCAGAGACAUAUGUAUGCUUGUUAGAAGAUUUUUCUGUUGUAUUCUUUA